AUGGAAUGCGAAAAUCAAACGUCAUUGACCGAGUUUGUCCUCGUUGGGUUUCCAUAUCCCAAGAAGCUGAAGGGUCCUUUAUUCAUCUUCUUCCUGCUUAUCUACUUACUUACCCUCUUUGGAAACCUUCUGAUUCUGUUGGUUGUAGUGUUCAGUCCCCAGCUCCACAAACCUAUGUACUGGUUCCUUUGCCAUUUGUCCCUUCUGGACAUGACAGUCUCCUCUGUGAUAGUCCCCAAGGUGAUUGCUGGAUUUCUAGAUGGUGGUGGGGUCAUGUCUUAUGGGGGUUGUGUAUGCCAACUCUUCUUCUUCCACUUCCUGGGCUGCACAGAAUGUUUCCUCUACACUCUGAUGGCUUAUGACCGCUUCCUGGCCAUUUGCAAGCCACUCCACUAUGGUACCAUCAUGAACCGUAGGACAUGCCUCUUCCUUGCCAUGGGCACCUGGUUUGGUGGUUGUCUUCAUUCAAUGAUGGAGACUGCUCUUGUUUUUCGCCUGCCUUUUGGCAGGACAAACCAGGUGAACUAUAUCUUCUGUGACAUCCCAGCUGUGCUGAAGUUGGUUUGUGCUGACACCACACUCAAUGAAAUGGUGACCAUGGUUGAUGUUGGCCUUGUGGCCAUCACUUGCUUUUUUCUGAUCUUGACUUCCUACAUGUACAUUGUAUCCACCAUAUUGAAGAUCCGCAGUGCUGAAGGGCGUCAGCGGGCCUUCUCCACCUGCACAGCUCAUGUUACCAUAGUGGUGACUUAUUAUGUGCCACUUGUGUUCAUCUAUCUGAGGCCAGGAUCCCAGGACUCACUGGACGGAGUGGUAGCAGUAUUCUACACUUCACUGACGCCACUACUCAACCCCAUAAUCUAUACACUGAGGAACAAAGACAUAAAAGUUGCACUUGUAAGAUGGUCUAGUAGUAAGACACCCUAG